AAGAACAUCAAUUGGGAUCCUCGAAGAAUGUGUGCGACGCAAGGGGACGCAACCAGUCAACAACAGCUCCCCUUGACCGUUUUCGUCGUCGUCUCCUGGAUACAUAAAGGGCCCAAUUACCAUUCUUCUGCCCUGCCUUUGUCCCUCCGUCCAACGUCCAACGUGCCGUCUGAUCAAAGAACCGUUCCAUUUCCACGCAUUACUCAACAGCCGUAUUCAAGGUCCAUAACAACCCGCCACUUUUCCAGCUGCUUGUUUCACGGCAUCUCCACGAACAGCGUGAAUAUCCGGGACGCGUUCCCCGAGAUGCUUCGGCAGCAUAUUUCAGUAUGAGUCCUGCUGCGUCAAAUGGUCCUCCCCAUUCUCGGUCGACCUCAGUUGUCAAUGUCGGAGGGCCAAUCAGUACAGAAACUGGCACGAAACCAAAUGGCAAUGGCAUAGCUACCGCGAAAGGCAGCUCUCGAGUCCUCCCACAUCUGGACGACUUGAUAAGCGCAAGGCCGAACGUCGACAUAAACCGGCCCCUGCGAAAAAUACUUCAAGAUGGAGAGCUAUCUGCAAAACAAGCGGACACAUAUAUGGAUUUUCAACGCCUGGAUCUUGCUAUACAAGAAUACAUAAAAGCUAAGGUCUUGGCUACGGAGAUAAUCCCUCGUCACAAAGACUAUCCAUCUUUGCAGGCAGAGCGAGGGGAGCUGCAUCGUGCUUACACGGGCUUAAUGAAAAGGAUCCAGGCGCAAAGUGCCAAAGUCGACACGAUAAUAGAGGUUAUCAAGGAAAAUAAUGCAAGAAGCGGCGUGCAGCCACAGCAGAGAGCCGAACCGGACGAGCAAGUCUCAGGGGAGCGAGUCAAGGGCCAUGCUCGAGCUCAGUCAUUACAAAGCCCGGCAUUGAAUGGCACUUCUAGAAUCUCGGCCAACGGCUAUGGCCACAGUGAGCAUUCUAAUGGCAUUUUUGAGACGUCUGCUCUCGUUCCCACCUCAGCAAAUGGAAGUCCAGUACGGAAGAAACCCCCUGUCCAACCAAAGCCACAGGCCCUGCAUGGCAAGUCUCUGCAUCCCGGUGGCGAUGGUACUGCUCUCAAGUCUCCUCAGAUGGAUUUGGAGGCACGGUUUGCUCGAUUGCGAAGUCCUAAUUCCACUCCUGGGCAGGAUCCUCGAAUUCGAACCCAGCCAAUUUCAGUUCCUGAGUCGCCACGAGCCUCUAGACAGCCCAUAGCCACCACCAAAAGUUCAUCAACCAUCCGGCCGUCUGGCCCACGGGAGAUGCCAUCUGCUCCCACAUCGGCAUUGCGUCCAUCAAGAGUGUCAAUAGAUGUGCAAAUACCAGGAAUGCCAAGACCACCAGACGCUAUAUACAGCCCAGAUCGGAACACAGAGUCACUCGUUGCCCUCAAUCUACCCACAAGUGUUCCUCGCAGCUCUUCAUACCUUGGCAUUAGCAGUCAAACGUCGGCACCUCCGAUAUCGACAGUUGGCCCCACACCUAGCAUUACAGAUGCAAGAAAAGACUACUUUUCUCUGCCUGUGGACGCCGAUUCCCCCGGAUCCUCCCAUAACAUUUCAAAGGGUCAAGACCCAGUGGUAGCUGAGGUUACCGCUGUCAGCGCAGAGGGCCUAAUGAAGUAUCUUGGAAUGGGGUCGCAAGCCCUACGACUUUUAGUUGUCGACCUCAGAAGUCGUGAAGAAUUUGAUGCGGGUCAUAUCAUGGCCCAGUCCGUCAUCUGCGUGGAGCCUGUUUCUUUACGAAAAGGUAUGUCCGCGGAGGAACUCGGGGAGAGUAUUGUGCUUUCCCCAGACACGGAGCAGAAACUCUAUGAGCAAAGACACGAGUUCGACUUGAUCGUAUUCUAUGAUCAAUCCUCUUCAUCAAUCAACCAAACCCACCAAAUUCAUGAGAGCAGCAACCACUUGCAAUAUUUCGCCGAAGCUAUUUUCGAUUAUGGAUACAGUAAAAGACCAAAACAGCGUCCCAUGCUUCUUCUUGGAGGCUUAGACGCCUGGGUGGACCUUAUGGGACCAGGUUCAUUGCAAACUUCCUCUACGGGGGUACUUUCUUCUACGGGGAUAAGGAGAAAACCUCUAAAGCCUGCUAGACCUCUAGGCCGAGUUCCUAUGGCUCGAAAGGAUCAGGCUUUAGCCCGGAAGCCGCAAGAGUCAAGGCCAUUGUCAAGAGAAGAGGAGAACCAGUGGGCUGAAACGCUUCGGGAAGACACCCAUGUGAAGAACCCAGGAGCUGAAAACUCGGAAUCGGAUGAAUUUUCUUAUGUCAGGACAACAGAGGAUUUCUUUCGAAGAUAUCCUGAACUUCCUUCAGUCCAGGAAUCUAUGGUCUCCACGCGACCGUCUACCUCGAUGAACAAACAUCAUAACGAAUCGGCCAAUGCAAUGCCAGGGCCUCCUGCUCGUCCCGCCCCCGCUUUACCUAGACAGAGAUCAAGUGGCAUCUCGGAAAGAGGGCCAAGUGCGACAUACUCCAUGAGUUCUGGAACAGGGCCAGAAACGAUAACCAGCACACCGGUCCCUCCGGGUCUUACGGGUCUCGACACAACCGGCGUUAGCUGUUAUGCUAAUGCUGUGCUUCAGUGUCUGAGCGCUACUAAACCUUUUCGGGAUUUUCUCAUUAGCUACAACUAUCCUACCUAUCCUUUGCCACCUAGGAAGGGAGCAGAGAUCUCUGACCCCCCACAGCUACUUACUCGAAAUCUCAAGAAAGUGUUCGGAUUCCUAUGGUGUGGUCAAUAUGAGUGGAUAACUCCGAAAACCUUUUGGGGGUAUGUAAAUGCGCUUCAUGCAAAGACAUUACCGCCUAUGACUGACAAGGGCAACGCCUUUUGUGGGCCUAACUUACAACAUGACUCUCAGGAGUUCCUUGGCUAUAUCUUUGAUUUAAUGAUUGAUGAGCUGAAUUUUUACCGCAACCAAACACCGUAUUCUGAGAUCCACUAUACUGAUGCUGAGCUGGAUGCUCGCAAUAAAUUGCCUGCCCUGCAGGCAGCUCACGAGCAGUGGCAACUCUUUCAAAGUACGGAUAAUUCCAUGGUUUCAGAUAUCUUUGGAGGGCUCGAGACGAAUGAAAAUACUUGCCAAAUGUGCGGCUAUGUGUCCAAGAGGUGGAGCCUCUUUCAAAUACUCAAUAUUCCCUUCCCUCCCUCCUGUCAUGGCUACAACCCGCUGGAUACCAUUAAACUUGAGAGACUUUUCGAACACAGGUAUAACAGAAAAGAAGUUCUUGAAGACGUUGAAUGCCAAGGCUGUAAGAGGAAAGGGAAGGUCAUUCGGAUAGAUAAAAUUUGCUUCCUUCCGGAUUAUCUGGUGAUCAAUCUUCCGCGAUUCGAUGCAGAUGUUCUAUCCAAGGUUAAGACAAGAGUCCUCUUUUCAGAGAUGGAUAUCGAUAUCACGCGAUUCUGGCUUCCUGAUGUUGGACAGAGCACGGUGCCGAAUGUAGGCCGUGGGCUACAACCGCCAUUCCGAUAUGAUUGUUAUGCCGCUGUUGCUCACAUGGGGAGCGACAUCAAGUCAGGUCAUUAUCUGGCCUUCGCGAGGAGUCCUGACAAACCCUCCAGUGGCGCCGGGUCAUGGCAUUGCUUCAGCGAUAAAAAGGUCAGGAAGACAACAUGGGAACAAAUACAGGACCAGCACCUCACGAUCCUCUUCCUAAAACGGAGAAAGACAUAAUCACAGCGUCGCGACCCUUGCAUGCAUUAUUCCUUUAACAAGAUUCUUUUUCUUUGGUGUGCGUUAGGUGUUGAGGAACAGGAGCGCGGUGUAUUUCCAGGUUGGCGACGGCGUUCUUGGGGGGUACGCGAAAGAUGCGAGGGAUAUCAUGGGAUUGGGACAUGAGCAUGCUGGAUAUCAAUUGUUUCUCUUUCCCCUCAUCCCCUGUAUGGGAGUUCGAGCGAAUCUCCUACGUAACAAAUAAUAUGAUGAACGAACUCUGUUCUCUUCAACAUCGCUAGCUCCCUAUUCUAUUAAUCUGUUCCUUGUUUUUUGAGCCAUAGAGCAAACCAACCGUAUUCCCUUCCCCUCCCCUCCCGCUUGGAAUUCGGGGCUUCUGGAGGUCAGUCCAUGGUUUCUUUCUACCUCCCGCC